ACGGGCCUCAGUAAUUGGCGGAGGGCGGUGGCCGGGCCCUCACGUGGGGCCGGCAUCCUUUGUUUGCGGAAGUAGGAGGAAGUAGAAGUGCUGAGUAAGCCGAGGUCCCUCCUGGCCCAGAAUCAGAGGACCAGCACUGGUGGGGCGCCAUCUGGGAGCCUGUGCAGGAAACUGCUGUACUGGUGAGGUGGGCAUGGGAGACCGAGCCCAGCUGACCAGAGACCCCAUUUUCUUCCAGACUGAGGGGGCAGGCGGCGGGGCCUCCCCACCUGCCCCGCAGAAGAUGCAGUUCUUCGGCCGCCUGGUCAAUACCCUCAGUAGCGUCACCAACUUGUUCACAAACCCGUUCCGGGUGAAGGAGGUGCCUGUGGCAGACUACACCUCGAAUGGCCGGGUUCGGGAGGAAGGGCAGCUGAUUCUGUUCCAGAACAUUCCCAAUCGCACCUGGGACUGCAUCCUGGUCAACCCCAGGAACUCACAGAGUGGAUUCCGACUCUUCCAACUAGAGACAGAGGCAGAUGCCCUCGUGAACUUUCAGCACUAUUCUUCGCAGCUGCCGCCCUUCUACGAGAGCUCCAGCCACGUCCUACACGUGGAGGUCCUGCAGCAGUUGACCGACCUCAUCCGCAACCACCCCAGCUGGUCGGUGGCCCACUUGGCGGUGGAGUUAGGGAUCCGAGAGUGUUUCCACCACAGCCGCAUCAUCAGCUGCGCCAAUAACAGGGAGAAUGAGGAGGGCUGCACCCCCCUGCACCUGGCCUGCCGCAAGGGUGACGGGGAGAUCCUGGUGGAGCUGGUGCAGUACUGCCAUGCCCAGAUAGACGUCACGGACAACAAUGGGGAGACAGCCUUUCAUUAUGCUGUCCAGGGUGACAAUGCCCAGGUGCUGCAGCUCCUAGGGAAGAACGCAUCAGCUGGCCUGAACCAGGUGAACAACCAGGGACAGACUCCACUGCACCUGGCCUGCCAGAUGGGGAAGCAGGAGAUGGUCCGCGUGCUGCUCCUUUGCAAUGCUCGGUGCAACAUCAUGGGGUCCGCUGGCUACCCCAUCCACACGGCCAUGAAGUUCUCCCAUAAGGGGUGUGCUGAAAUGAUCAUAAGCAUGGACAGCAACCAGAUCCACAGCAAAGACCCUCGCUACGGAGCCAGCCCCCUCCACUGGGCCAAGACCGCUGAGAUGGCCCGCAUGCUGCUGAAACGGGGCUGCGACGUGAACAGCACCAGCUGCACAGGGUACACGGCCCUGCACGUGGCCGUGAUGCGCAACCGCUUCGACUGUGUCAUGGUGUUGCUGACCUAUGGGGCCAACGCUGAUGCCCGCGGGGAGCAUGGCAACACCCCGCUGCACCUGGCCAUGUCGAAAGACAAUGUGGAGAUGAUCAAGGCCCUCAUUGUGUUUGGGGCAGAGGUGGACACCCCAAAUGACUUUGGGGAGACUCCUGCGUUCAUAGCUUCCAAGAUCAGCAAACUUGUCACCAGGAGGACGCUUUUAACCCUGCUGAGAACCGUAGGGGCCGACUACCACCUCCCACUCACCCAAGGGGCCCCCUCGGAGCAGUGCUCCACUACGACACAUCACUCCUUCUCCCUGGAAAGAUCUCAGCCCCCACCGAUCAGCUUAAACAACCUAGAGCUGCAGGACAUCGUGCACAUCUCCCGGUCCCGGAAGCCGGCCUUCAUCCUGAGCUCCGUGAGGGACGAGAAGCGGACCCACGACCACCUGCUCUGCCUGGACGGAGGGGGCGUGAAGGGCCUCGUCAUCAUCCAGCUCCUCAUCGCCAUCGAGAAGGCCUCAGGCGUCGCCACCAAGGAUCUCUUUGACUGGGUGGCGGGGACCAGCACGGGGGGCAUCCUGGCCCUGGCCAUUCUGCACAGCAAGUCCAUGGCCUACAUGAGGGGUGUGUACUUUCGCAUGAAGGAUGAGGUGUUCCGGGGCUCACGGCCCUAUGAGUCGGGGCCCCUGGAGGAAUUCCUGAAGCGCGAGUUUGGAGAGCACACCAAGAUGACCGACGUCAAGAAACCCAAGGUGAUGCUGACAGGGACCCUGUCUGACCGGCAGCCUGCUGAACUCCACCUCUUCCGGAAUUAUGAUGCCCCGGAGUCUGUACGGGAGCCUCGAUUCAGCCAGAAUACUAACCUCAAGCCUCCAACUCAGCCCUCAGAGCAGCUGGUGUGGAGGGCUGCCCGGAGCAGUGGGGCAGCCCCCACCUACUUCCGGCCCAAUGGGCGCUUCCUGGAUGGUGGGCUGCUGGCCAACAAUCCCACGCUGGACGCCAUGACUGAGAUCCAUGAGUACAACCAGGACAUGAUCCGCAAGGGUCAGGGCAACAAGGUGAAGAAGCUCUCCAUUGUGGUCUCUCUGGGGACAGGGAGGUCCCCACAGGUGCCCGUGACCUGUGUGGAUGUAUUCCGUCCCAGCAACCCCUGGGAACUGGCCAAGACCGUUUUUGGGGCCAAGGAAUUGGGCAAGAUGGUGGUGGACUGUUGCACAGAUGCGGAUGGGCGGGCCGUGGACCGGGCCCGGGCCUGGUGUGAGAUGGUUGGCAUCCAGUACUUCAGACAGAUUGAACCCCCAGCUGGGGACAGACAUCAUGCUGGACGAGGUCAGCGACACGGUGCUGAUCAAUGCCCUGUGGGAGACUGAGGUCUAUAUCCACGAGCACCGGGAACAGUUCCAGAAGCUCAUUCAGCUGCUGCUCUCACCGUGAGGCUGGGCUCCCAGCCACCCCCACCUCAUUCCACCCACCCAGCCCCUGAUGGAGAGGCUGGGCGAUGCCCACCCAGCACGCCAACCGCCAACCGGGCAGACCUGGGCCUGGGCGGCUCUGCAUCUACAGACCAGACCGGGCCUCAGAGGGCGCUGGGCUUCCUGUCGGAGGCUGGUCCCCAAGGCCUGACCCCACUGUCCUCACCUUCUGGCACCUUUAGUCAUUCCAGGCUUAAAAAUCCUAGAGCCUCACUCAGGCCCUCUCCCCGGUAGCCAAGGACAACUGAUGCUUGAGCCCCUAGACCUGGUGAUUUAGACACUAAGGGGGUCUUACCGCUCCCCCCAAGACCCCUUCCGCCCUCUGCCCUCUUCCCUGGGGGGGACGGGGAUUGGAGAAACAGGCUGCUGCCCACCCGUCAGCAGGGGAAGGCUGGGCCCCAGGAGCAGAGCUCCCUAUCCCGACUUUGCUCCUCAACACACACCCAGCACCUGCACCCCUCAGAGCUGCCCCACCCUGGGAGCUCUCCUCCGCUCUCAAAGGUCACUCCUGUAACCUCAGUUAUUCUUCCCAACAGGAAGUGGUAGAUGAGGGGGCGGGACUCCAGGGGCUGCUCCAAACCGAAAUAAAUGGUUUGAUUCCUGUU